GGAAUCGGGUGAGAGAGAAGGGCAGCUGGCUCCAUGUCUGCCCCUGGCCUGGCCCCAGGGCCCCUGCUGGCCAGUCCCCUGCGUCCCUCUGUGGCUCUCCUUCCCAGCACCCUCUGCUCAGGGCCUGACCCUGCCCGGCCACCCCCGGCUCCUGGCUCAGCCCUGCCUCGGCCACUCAUCAGCAGGGCAGCGGGGAGAAGGAGGUGGGAGGAGGCGAGGCAGGAGCGGGGCGUGCAGACGCUGGACUCGCCCGGCCGGAGCAGAAGAGGAUGCCAGGCCCGGGGCUGCUGCUGCUGCUCCUGCUGGCGGUGCCCCCGCUGCGGCCCUCCCUGCUGCUACCGCCGGACGCCCCGGAGGGCAUGGCCCCCAUCGCCGGCCUGGUCCUGUCUGCGGUGGAGAGGGCCACGGUCUUCCUGGAGGCGAGGCUGCCCGAGCUCAAACUGGACUGCGUGGUGGGGUUCCGGGUGCUGGAAGCACAGCUCAAAGGCGCCCAGGAGGCGUGGGCCCGGGAGCCCCUGCUGCAGCCUCUGCGCCUGCGCACGGGAAAGCUGGCCGAGAAGUUGGCGACCCUCCUCCACAGAUCCAUUUUCUACCUCAAGCAGAGUGACCCCAAGUACCUAAGAGAGUUCCAGCCCAUCGUCCAGCCCGGGUUUUGGAAGCCCCCUCGCGCGUGGACCCGCACCAACGCCUCCCUGGUGUACCCCGAGUUCGAUCCCGAGGACUCCUUCUCAGAAGAGCGCAGCGAUUUGUGCUUGGUGCAGAUGCUGGGGACAGGGACCGAGGGCGGCCCCCCCUGCAGGCUCUCGGACUUCUGCAGGACCCUGAUGACCACGCCGGGCUGCUCCGGCUACUGCCUGUCCCACCAGCUGCUCUUCUUCCUCUCUGCCCGGCUGAAGGGAUGCGAGAGGGGGCUGUUCUGCCGCAGCCAGCACUACAUGGACCUCUUCUGCGCCAACAUGAUGGACCUGAACCGGCGAGCCGAGGCCAUCAGAUACGCCUACCCCAUCCGGGACAUCUUCAUGGAAAACAUCAUGCUCUGUGGAAUCAGCGGGUUCUCCGACUUCUACAAGCUCCAGUGGCUACAGGCCAUCCUCAGCUGGCAGGAGCCGCGGGAAGGAUGCUUCGGGAAGCCUGCUGCUGAAAAAGAAGGAUCCUCUAAAGCUGCUCAAUACCAACAGCAUAUUUUAAGAAGAGUAAAGAGACGAGAACAACUCUUUACAGAUGGCUGCUCUUCCCACAACACAGCCAUGGCGGUAGGAGCCCUGGGUGGCUUCCUCUAUGCCCUGGCAGACUAUCCCUCCACAAACAGAAAGCCACCUCAGCCGCCCCCCUCCCCACCAAGCAGCUACUGAGAUGGAUGGUUCCAGAUGUGCUGCCUGGAAGAUGAAACAGACUUGUUUAGUCCUUUUCUUAGGUCCUGGGUUCCUGGGGAAACAGAUGAGCCAGACAACCUGGAUACAUCAUCUCGGUUGUUGGGCAGGGCCAGGGAAGGUGGGAGCUGGGCUGGAUCCAGGCGUGGGAACCCAGGACCUGCCCCAGCAAAGAUCACAAGGUCCUUCUCUUUCCUACUCCCCCAAGCCUGGGAAUUGUGGGGCUGCUGCUCCACCCCGUGGGGCUUGCAGGAGCUCAGAGCCAGCUUGGGAUUCUGUCUUCUUGAAGCAAAAGACUGAAAUACUUGCUUAUCUGAGCAGCUCUCCAAAUUAUCCCUCCCCUGUCCCCUUGAGCCAAUAGCUGGAGGCAUCAGGCAAAUAAUUCCUGAUUAUAACUAAUCAAUCCUAUUGCUCAUCAGUGGGUCUUCUGCCUCUCCCUUGGCUUGUAAAAUCCAGAUUAUCCCACAUGUCCUUCAUGCCAGGCUCUGCUGAGUUCCCUUGGUUAAAGGCUGUGCAUUCCAACAGUUAUCUCCAGCUUGGGUCCUGCCUUCACAGGGACCUCCAGAUAUCAGCCUUGUAGGAGUUCUUGUCUAGAUGAAUAAAUUUAGAAUGGAAUUGA